UGGCAUCAAAACAACUGUUUAUGGCCUUUAUGCCUUCAUUUUUUUCAGUUUGUUUUUCAAGAGCUACCAAACCAGCCAGGCCAAGGCAAGAAACAGAAGUACAAACAACAGAAAGAUGGAAAUCCAGAAUUAGGGGAGAGAGUUGACAGUAGACCAGACAGUGGAAACAGACAGGGCAAGAAGAAGAAGCAGAAAUAUCCACAGGAGCCAGCCUUUCACAGACAGCCAGCCCUCCCUGUUCAUGAAGAGACUACAAUGGAAGUGAGUGUGCCUAAAGCUGAACAUAUGUUUGUGGUCGGACCACAGGGUCAGCACUUGAGCGACAUUUUAAAACUUACAGGGGUAACAAUCACAGUGCCCCCUUUCAAUUCUCCAUUGGAUAAGGUCGUUCUCAAGGGAGGAUACCAGCAGCUUAGUCGCGCUUUUGACAUGAUGAUCUCAAAGAGCCAGGAAGCACAGAAAGCCUUUUUACAGGGAUAUAUACCUGGGCAGAUGUCAGGUCAAUGCCAAAGGGGUAAAAAAGGCCAAAGGCCUAAAGAGGGUGAAACUUUCCAUGUUAAUGAUGAUGGCCUAGACCUUGAUGUGAAUACAGAGGUCAAAGACUCUCACACAGCUCAAAGGUCAAAUGCCGGUCAAGGUCAAAGGUCACAGACAGGUCAGACGUACCGGAAAUCUGACAAUCAAAGGAAAUCGGACAAUCCGAAUUGGCGUAAGCAAGAUCAGCAUUACAGUUCACAUCAUGGGAAAGGUCAACAAUACAAAGGUCAAAGGACAUCAAGCCAACCAGAGGUCAAAGGUCAAGUUCAAAACAAAGGUCAAGCUGUAGAUCAAGGCCAAGGUGCUGUAGCUAAAAGUCAAGGGAAGCGACAGAGAAAGAGACAGAAUGUUUUCACUGAGUAUUUGCCGAGGGAGGAGGUUUCAGCAGGUCUCAAGAGAGGCAUACUAGUUGAAGGGCCAAUCAGAAUCAACCCCAAGAAUUAUGAGGAAGGGUAUGUCCCCCAUCCAGAUGGAGUGUCCGACAUCUUGAUUGGGUCAUUCAAGCACCGUAACCGGGCCCUUAAUGGGGAUGUGGUUGCCGUGGAGAUAUUUGGCGAGGGAGAUUGGAAGUUUAACAAAGAGGAACUGGCAGGCUAUGAACUUGACCUAAAGGCCCAUGAAAAAGUACAUUCAGACGAUGAGGUGUUAAUUGAAGCUGAAGAAAUAAUUGAAAUAGCUGAUAAAGGCAAAGCUGAUGCAAAUCAACCAGACACUUCUAGUCAGACUGUUGAAAAUUCCGACCAAAAGUUAAAAACAGGAAGUAGUACACCAAGCAAGACUCCUAAAAAGGAGAGGCAUUCAAAGGGAGAAAAGUCAAAGGAAUGUAAUUUUAGUCCAUCUAAGAGAUAUACAAGUCUGAACGAUGUGAUGUCAGUGGAAAGUCCACUGAAGAAGCAUUUUGGGUCUGAUAAAGGGAAGGAACAAUAUCGUCAGAUGCUACAGAGAACGGGCAAGGUGGUGGCGAUCAUAGAAGAGAAGCACUCUAGGGCGUGUACGGGUCAGAUUCGGCCCAUGCUGGACAAAUACUGUGGGUAUGCAAUGUUUGCACCCAACGACCAUCGCAUGCCCAGGAUGAUGAUACCCAUAACUGAUUGCCCUAAAGAUUUCCUGGAGAGGCCAGAGGACCACUCCAGAACCUUGUAUGUGGGGCGUGUCACUGACUGGAGGGUGGACUCCAUGAUGGCAGAUGGGCGCCUGGCUCGUAGUCUGGGGGAGGCAGGAGAGAUAGAGCCCGAGACAGAGGGAAUGUUGAUCGAGAAUGGAGUGGACUUUGAGGAAUUUCCACAACAGGCCAUAGACUGUCUGCCCCAAAACUUGCCGUGGAGCAUUCCGGAAGAAGAAUUUGAAGAGCGAGAAGACUUUCGCAAGUGUUGUAUAUUUACUAUUGACCCGGCCACAGCACGUGAUCUUGAUGACGCCCUGUCCUGUGAGGACUUGGGAAAUGGUCGGUACAAAGUUGGUGUGCACAUAGCAGAUGUGAGCUACUUUGUGGAGGAAGGCACAGUAUUAGACAACAUAGCGGGGCUUAGGUCCACCAGUGUCUACCUAGUUCAUAAGGUGAUUCCAAUGUUGCCAAGACUUCUUUGUGAAAAGCUGUGUAGUUUGAACCCGGACGAGGACAGACUGACCUUCAGUGUUCAAUGGACCAUAACUGAACAAGGCGAGAUAGAAGAGGAAUGGUUUGGGCGUUCAAUCAUCCGCUCCUGUGUAAAGCUUGCCUAUGACCACGCCCAGGGCUUUAUUGAGGAGCCUGACCGCGCCUGGAAACCCGAGGAGUUGCCACAAAUAUCAGAGGGCUUCACUGUGGAGGAUAUCAAGAAGAGAGUGCUCAACCUGCACAAGAUAGCGUUGAACCUUCGAAAGGGUCGGUUUGAUAGUGGGGCUCUGCGUCUAGACCAGGUGAAGCUACAGUACAGUCUGGACUCAGAGACAGGGAUGCCCAAUGGUUACACUGUCUACCAGCAGAGGGAUAGCAAUAGACUGGUUGAAGAGUUUAUGUUGCUUGCUAACAUGGCCGUAGCUCAUAGAAUUAACCGGGAAUUCCCAGACAAAGCAUUGUUGAGAAGACAUCCACCUCCACAGAGUAAAAUGCUGGAAAACUUGAGUGACCAGUGUAGUGCGUUAGGUAUUCACAUUGACACAAGCAGUGCUGGGGCCUUUCAGCGCUCGUUGUUGAACUACUCUGGCGAUGAUGACUAUGCCUCAGCCAGGAUGCAGGUGUUAGUGGCACUCUGUGCUAAACCCAUGCAGAAUGCGCGCUACUUCUGUACGGGCUGUAUAGACGAUGAGUCUUUGUAUCACCACUAUGCUCUGAAUGUGCCACUGUAUACCCACUUCACAAGCCCCAUAAGACGAUAUCCUGACAUUCUCGUUCAUAGAUUACUUGCUGCAUCGUUAGACUAUUGCCCGGAGCCCAGCAAAUCUCCCGGAGACAUCCACAAGCUUGCCGACAAUGCCAACGACAAGAAGACAGCGGCCAAAAGAGUUGGAGACCUCAGCAGUGAUCUCUUCUUUUCAGUAUUUGUUAAGACGGCCGGGCCUCUGGAAGAGAGAGCCAUGGUUAUGGGUGUGAUGGACAAGUCCUUCGACAUCUUUGUUCUGCGUCUUGGUGUUACAAAAAGAGUCUACUGUGAUAAACUGCCUCUGAAAGAGAAAAUAUUCCGCCGAGAGCGGAAGGUACCGAGCUUGGUUCUUGUGUGGGCGGAGGAAAAUGGGGAGCCGGAAGUGCGACAGGAAAUCUCUAUCUUCUCAUUGGUGGAUGCCGUAUUGGCUGUGGGGGACCAGCCACUCAUGUGGACGGCCGUUAUCAAGCGACCCCAAUUCUCUGUUGGAAUGGAAGAUUUCCUGCAGUGUAACCCUGUACAGCCAAAUGAAGAAACCAGUCUAGAAGAUCAGGUUGCCAGUCUUAAUUUAGAAGACAACAAUGGACUGGUUACUGAAAAUUCAGCUUCACAGCAAGACUCAUGUGAAACCAGUCAGUUGACUGAAAAGCCCUCUGAAAAUGUGUCCUCAGAGUCAUAAAACUUCUUGUCUUUUGAUGUGCUUUACUCUUAUAUGUGUUACUGUGGUAAGGAAGGUGAUAGUGAUUUUUAUACAACAAGUGUUCAACUUGCACGUUUUAUUUUUGGGCCCAUUUUGUCUUCAUAUAGUUUAAGUUUACUCCUAUUGAAAGAGCUGGCCCCAUCUUAAGUACCAUAUAAAAGGAGUAAGCUGAGAUCACAUUUUUUGUUUGGUAUAAUUUGUGUAAUAUUUACGUUCUGAAGAAUUUGUAGACUAUAAAAGGAAAUUGUCUUUAUGAUAAUCACUUUAAACUCAUUUUUGUUUAGUAAAGACAAUAUUAAGGAAGGAAGUUGUUUUAAUGAUAUAAGCUACUUAGCGUUAGGGUUGGUAUGCUUGAAGCUGCACAGAUAUACCAUUUUUACAACUUUUUUUAUUUUUUGUCUUGGAAAGGGCAAAUUUUUGCAUUAAUAUCUGCAAGCCAAUGAUAAAAGAUUGCGGACAAAAAAACAGAUCAUAGAUUUUCAUAUUUCCGUUCGAAAAUUAAUGUUUAAUGGCUUAAACCGUCAGUAAAGGUUAAAAAAAAAUGCAUACAUUAUCAUGUUUUGUACUUUAAAUGAAAAAAUCUGUGAUCUGUUUUUUUCUUCAGCAGUCUUAUAUAACUGGUUUCUAUGGAUAUUCGCAAAAAUUGGCUCGUUCCAAGACAUUGAGAUUUUUAUGACUUUUCCGUAACAAGUUUCAUAAAAUGUUGAAUAAAAUGGCAACAAAUGUAAUUUCUUUUCAUCAUAUGACACAAAUGUCGCCCAAAAUAAGAUUUUAUUUUUAUUCUAUUUUGGUACGGUUAGUAGGGCGAAAUGACAUCAAACGUCAAGUUACACUAGUUUACACAAAUAUAAAAUAAUACAUACUGGUUGUUUAUCACGGGAUAUAGGGAACGUCAUGCGAUAGAUAGGGGAUAGUAUGCUAGGACGCUUGUCUGACAUCCUGUAUCACAUCGAGUGUCUUGUAAGCAUAUCACAUAUCUGUUAAGACUGUGUAGAAUCGAGAUGGAUGCAUGUUUAAACACCAAAAGGGACGUGAUACAGGUUAUCAAAAAGGCGUCCUAUCGUAAUAUUCCUUCUAUAAUAAGUUUCUCUUCAUUUUUUAAAUGCUUUAACUUACUGCUUUUGAUUUAAACCAAUGUAACUGCACUAAGAUUUUCUGUAACAUUUCCUGUCUCGGCUACAUCGAGCUUAUAUGAAGGAAACACUGUCUCUUGAACAGCAUUGUUCAAGAAAAUAACAUUACAGUAACAUGCAUAUCCAUGUAUUAGAAGAAAACCUUAAAUUUAACCAUAAUUAAUUCAUGGAAAUGAUAUCUUUAACUAGUAUUAAAAUUUUCAGGGAAAUAUACGGCUUAAUUGCAGGACAAUUCAAGAAGAUAUUAUUCAUGCUUACAGCAAACAUUAUAGACAAACAUUUAAGAUAAUUCAAGGAAUCCCACUUCCAUAACAUACACAUUAAUUCAAGGAAUCCCACUUCCAUAACAUACACAAUCAUUCAAGGAAUCCCACUUCCAUAACAUACACAAUAAUUCAAGGAAACCCACAUCCAUAACAUACACAAUAAUUCAAGGAAUCCCGCUUCCAUAACAUACACAAUAAUUCAAGGAAUCCCGCUUCCAUAACAUACACAAUAAUUCAAGGAAACCCACAUCCAUAACAUACACAAUAAUUCAAGGAA